ACCUCUUAGAAGAACCCCAUGUGUAGCAUAAUAUCAAAAAAAGAUUAUAAAACAGAUAAGAAAAAUAAAAUUUAAGAGUUGACUUACUUUGCGUGAGGGCCAAGUGCCAUCCUAUACAAAUUAAAAAACAAAAAAAACUACUAAUAAAAAAUUGUUUCUUAACAACCAUUUAAGGUCAAUAAUGGCAUCAUUUUCUCUGCAUCCAGAGACCCUUCUGUUUUUGGAGAUGGCAUCAAACUCUGAAAUCCUCACUAAUGAAGAAGUUAAGAACAGAAUUGAAGAAGCAACAAGAUUGAUUCACCUAGAAAACCAAGCCCGAGCUCAAAUUAUUGAAAAGUUAGCUGGAAAAAAGUCGGAUAAAUACUUUUUACUUGGGAGACUGAUGGAGCUACUACCUCACAGAUAUAGAGUUAGGCAAAAACAGAGGAAAAAAGCUUACGUAACACAAUAUAUUUGGGAUGAAAAAAUAUCCACAUCAAAAGAAGAGGAGCUUGAUGAGCAUUUAUCGAUUAAGACUUUGUGUUACAAGACACAACAUGGGAGUAAAACUUUGGCUGAUGAAAGGAGGAUUUUCAGGGAAAUGAGAAGAGCAAAUGAAACGGGAAAGGAACUUGUAUGUCCUGAAGACACAAAAUUGAAUCAAAAUCAGGUAACAUUUGCUGAAAUACAGAAUAUGAGGAGACAAAAGAGAAGUUUCGAUCUCAAUGUGGAGAAUCUCAAAAGAGAAUUGGAAUCUAUGAAAAAUGACAUUAAAUCUUUGGAAAAUAGUUUAGAUGGCAUAAAUCAAAAGAAAGGGGAAAUAUAUGCUUCCAUUCUUGAGCUCAAAAGGCAAAACUACAUAUUAUAAAUAACGAACUACUUCUAUAUGUGUAGUUCAUUUUUCAGGAUUAUGUGUCAACUUUUUAAAUUUGAGACAUUAUUUAUGUGGAUGUUUGGUUGUUAUAACAGUUUCAAUAGUGUCAUUGUAAAAAACAUUGAGCUCUCCAAUUGUAUCUCAUAAUAAAAUUAAAACUACUUGUCAC